AUGUCAUUCGGGUACGUAGAGCUUUUGAAUGGCAUAGCCAUGGAGAUGUUCAGCUCAGCCCGCUACCUAAUCUACAACCUCCGCUCCAAUAUCGAAGCUUUACAUUUUGGCAAAGGCUCGUUAUUAAUCGAUAUGGACAUUUCGUUACUAAUGGAAAUCAAAAAAUUUAACGAAACUCGCGAUUUCCUGCCAUUUCAUGAUGUAGUUAAGAGUGCUACGGCCAUCACCGCCACUCAGGUCAUGUUUUAUGGUAACAAAAAGCAGGUUUAUAUGUUGGAAAGGUUCUUGGAUUUGAUUAUACCAUGCUACACUGAGUUUCCAUGGAAUCAAGUGUUUCGAAUGGGCAAAAUUAACUUGACUUUAAUGGCAGCGGUCGCUAAACAAGUUGUCGAUCAUCUUAGCUAUGGCGAACAUAAGCAGUAAGUUUAUUCAACGCUACGCUUUGCUACUCUACCCCACCGUACCCUACCCUACAAUAUCGUACUGUAGCGUACCCUACCCCACCGUACCCUACCAUACCCACACCGCUCUGCCUUGCGCUGCUCUACCAUAGUUUUUAAUAAUCUGUAGCUACUUUUACGCUAUAAUAGCUUUACAGGACAUUACCGUAUCCUAGCGUAAUCUCGCGUUAGCAAAAACCAUAAUAGCGCUCUGUAAAAAACCUUACCGUACCUUAUACUAGCCCAGCUUACCGUAUUGAAGUACCACCGUACCCUACACUGAAUAUUUCAUUCUAACUUUACCUUACCCUCAUCUUACCUUACUCUAUUAUAGUUUUACCUUAUCCCGCCCUAUAUCUACCAAAACCCACCCUUAUAUCAAAGAUUACUGUAUUUUUUUCAGCUUCCCUUCUAAUUACGUAUUGCAACAAAAAGAGAGGAUACUGAGCGAGUAUCAUGCUUGGAUACAACUUGUCGACCCAGAUGGAUUGGGACAGCCCGCUUUCGAAGCUUUUAACGAUCUUUUUUCGAAUAUUGAGUUUCAUGAAAAAAGAAUUGGCACUUUCACCCAGUUUUACAUGCUACCUAAUGAGCUCAAGUAUAUUAUCAUGUAAGUUUGUGUGGUUCUAACCAAAAAUGGCAUAAUAGCAAAAACUUUGUUUACAGAACAAAAAAUGGCAAGAACUUUCUUUACGAAACAAAAAAUAGCAGGAACUUUCUUUACAAAACAAAAAAUAGCAAGAACUUUCUUUACAAAACGAAAAAUAGCAAGAACUUUCUUUAUAAGCAAAAAUGGCAAGAACUUUCUUUCCACCUCAAGUAAAUACCAAAAUUUUCAGUAAAAAAGCGGCCGAAACCUCGCCAACCGCGGUCGAUUCGACCGGUCGCACUUUCAACGUAAUGUAUGGAAAUGUCAUCGAAGAUGACGUGGAUUACAACUACAACCUACUGCUAACGAGGGCACCUUGCAAAAAGAGCAAAAUCGACAGGUUGGAGGAUAAUCGACCACGGGUCGAAUUGGACAAUGCGUUGGACUAUUAUUAG